CUUGCCGUGGCUGUCCUCGCCUCCACUUGGGCUGAGACAGGAGGGGUUGGGAGACAUAAGAAUGGUGGUAUUAAACGACCCAAGACCCCCUGUGAGCGUGCAAGAGAUGCUGUGAAAUAUGGCAUAUUUGGAGCCUUCAUCCCCACGUGUGAUGACGAUGGAGAAUACAUUCCUGAGCAAUGUUCAGGCUCUACAGGUUACUGUUGGUGUGUGAACAGUUCUGGACAGAAYAUCCRYGGUACUGAGACUCRACCAGGCACUGCUAGAAUCAACUACCCCCUGUGAGAUUGCUAGAGAUACUGCGAUGAAAAAAGUUGGAUUUGGAGUGUACGUCCCCACGUGUGACAACGAUGGACAAUACACCCCUGAGCAAUGCUGGGCCUCUACAGGUUACUGUUGGUGUGUGAACAGUUCUGGACAGAAGGUCCCGGUACUGACACUCGACCAGGCACUGCUAGAAUCAACUGUGCCACCUGGUUAAAUGUGGACAGAGAUGAAAGGAGUUGGAGUGAAGACAUUGGAAUGACUUUGACAGUUGUCUUUACUGUACUACAGGACCUGAUUCACAUUCUAUACAAAUAAAUGAAGAAAUCCAGAGAUUAAACUGUUGAUUUACUU